UUAAUUUUGCAUAUAAUAUCUUUUGUUUACACCUUAAACAUUUAUUGUACAGUAUUGACUAUUAAAAUUUUUCAUUUAACACAUCACUCAUAAAUACAAAUACAAUUUAUUAAAAAUUUAAUAGUUAUAAAACCAUAAAUAACCAUGCGUGAAAUUUGUCAUUUACAAGCCGGUCAAUGCGGAAACCAAAUCGGUGCAAAAUUCUGGGAAGUCAUAUCCGAUGAGCACGGUAUCGACCCAACCGGGUCAUAUCACGGCGAUUCUGAUUUACAAUUAGAACGUAUCAACGUCUAUUACACUGAAGCGCUUGGUGGUAAAUAUGUUCCUCGAGCAGUUCUUGUGGAUUUGGAACCCGGCACCAUGGACUCCGUGAGGUCGGGCCCAUUUGGUCAAUUAUUUCGGCCUGAUAACUUUGUUUUCGGACAAUCCGGUGCAGGCAAUAAUUGGGCCAAAGGACAUUAUACAGAAGGCGCUGAGCUAGUGGAUUCAGUGCUCGAUGUAGUAAGGAAAGAAGCUGAGAGUUGCGACUGCCUACAAGGAUUCCAACUGACCCAUUCAUUGGGCGGCGGAACUGGUUCCGGGAUGGGUACACUUUUAAUAUCGAAAAUUCGUGAAGAAUACCCAGAUCGCAUCAUGACCACAUACAGUAUCGUUCCUUCACCAAAGGUAUCCGACACGGUCGUCGAACCGUACAAUUCUACGCUGUCGGUGCACCAGCUAGUGGAGAACACGGACGAGACUUUUUGCAUCGACAACGAGGCGCUGUACGACAUAUGCUUCCGGACGCUAAAGCUUACGACGCCCACGUACGGAGACCUCAAUCACCUGGUGUCGGCGGCCAUGUGCGGCGUGACCACGUGCUUCCGGUUCCCCGGGCAGCUCAACUCUGACCUCCGGAAGCUGGCCGUCAACAUGGUUCCGUUCCCGCGGCUGCACUUCUUCAUCACCGGCUUCUCGCCGCUGACUUCCCGCGGCAGCCAACAGUACCGCGCGCUCACCGUGCCCGAACUCGUCCAGCAGAUGUUCGACGCGAAGAACAUGAUGGCCGCGUGCGACCCCCGUCACGGCCGGUACCUGACCGCGGCCAGUAUAUUCCGCGGCCGGAUGUCCAUGAAGGAGGUGGACGAGCAGAUGCUCAACGUGCAGACGAAGAACUCCAGCUACUUCGUCGAGUGGAUACCGAACAACACCAAGACGGCCGUGUGCGACAUACCGCCCAGGGGGCUCAAGAUGUCGGCCACGUUUAUUGGCAACACGACCGCCAUCCAGGAGAUGUUCAAGCGCGUGUCCGAACAGUUCACGUCUAUGUUCCGGCGCAAGGCGUUCUUGCACUGGUACACCGGCGAGGGCAUGGACGAGAUGGAGUUCACCGAGGCCGAGUCCAACAUGAACGACCUGGUGUCCGAGUACCAACAGUACCAGGAGGCGACCGUCGACGAAGACGGCGAGGGUGACGAGGACGAAGACGCCGACGCGUAGACCACGUCGAAGAAUUAACAUUUACUUAAUAAUAUAUAAACACUUUACAAGAGAUUAACGCGCGCGCGUCCUAUAUGUAUUUUUAUUUUUUAUUGCCAAAUUCAAAAUAUAUGACUGAUUUAACGCGAAAAGGACUAUUUUAACUGUUUUAAUAGUUUAAGGUACCCAAUAUACGGCAACGGCAGUAUAUCAAUUGCGAUUUAAGCAUUUUAGAGAUGCAAACACUGCGUUUGAAUACCGCGAUCACGUGCAUUUGCACGU